AGUGAAAAAAUAGCAUAUCAGACCCACCAUUGGCAUUAGCUGCCAUGGCAAGAGCUUCAAGAAGAGAAAGCAAACAGUCGGAGAGAAGAAAGAGAUGGGAAUGGAGCGACUGCAGGAAUUGGCGCCCUUUGUGAAGGAAGCAUUGCACCAAACCGCACGAGUAGCAAAUGCCCUCUGCUUUCUUCACGUCGCCAACACCUACCUCUGCAGCGUCGCUAAACUUGUGGGUCCCAGUAUGCUUCCCUCGUUCAAUCACGGCACCUUCGUUCUGACUGAAAGUAUAACGAGCCGUUUGGGGAAAGUCGGGUCGGGCGACGCGGUGAUCAUACGGAGCCCCGAGGACCCGAGAAAGGUUGUAACCAAGAGGGUCAAGGGUGUGGAAGGAGACGUUGUUUCGUAUGUGUUGGACCCCAGCAAGAGUGAUGAACAGAAGACUAUUGUUGUACCAAAGGGACAUGUUUGGAUCGAGGGGGAUAAUAUCUACGAGAGUCGUGAUUCAAGACAUUUUGGUCCAGUUCCUUAUGCACUUGUUCAAUCCAGAAUUUUCUUGGUGGUAUGGCCCCCGGAGGACUUCCGAUCAAUUGGCAAAACAGCCGCUUGAUUUGCACUUGCAAGAGAUGUUGCACAAGAAAAUGGGAUGACCAUGUGGUUCAAUUCUUCAUACCUUUCUGGCUGACAACACUGGUAUUUUUUUGGUGGGAGGGACUAAGAGGACCCAGCCCUUCUCGAGUUCUUUCAGUAUUUCGUUCCUUUAGUAUUAUUAGUCCACGGCCAUUCAUCUCGACAUCAUUGUUUGGGUAGAAAGCAGCAGAGUCGUUGGAGAAUGGCCAAGAUUUUGUACAAAUAAUUCUGAGGCAUCAGCUAUUUGCUUAAAUAGAUUAAACUGUUAAAACUUCCUAUUUGA